AUGAGCUUAGGAGACCGCGCCUCCUUUUGCCCCGCCCCCCGACUUCCGGCGCCCUUCCGCUUUUCCCGGAAGUCAUCCGGAACCGCUCUAUCCGCCUCACUCGAUGGUGUCACGGCCGCUUUCCUGGUAGUCAGGGCGGCUUUGGUUUCCCAGCCCGCGCGCCGGUUUAUUCUGGGAAUCUGUUUGGAGGUUAUGGAUGAUGAGCCCAAGCCUGCAACCCAACUUCACAAUUCAGAACCCCUCUUCUCCUUUGGAGUCAUAGCAGAUAUCCAGUAUGCCGACCUAGAAGACGGCUAUAAUUUCCAAAGAAGCAGACGGAGAUACUACAGACAUAGCCUUCUCCACUUGCAGGGCGCUAUCGAAGAGUGGAACAGAGAAAGCACCUCACCUUGCUGCGUGCUUCAGCUUGGAGAUCUCGUCGACGGCUAUAACGCACAGCACAACACAUCGGAAACGUCCCUGGGACACGUACUGAGCACAUUCCAGAUGCUUCAGGCUCCCGUGCAUCAUGUGUGGGGGAAUCACGAGUUCUACAAUUUCAGCAGAGACUACCUAGGAAACUCAAAACUGAACACAAAGUUCCUCCAGGACCAGAUCGCACACCAUCCGGAGACGACGCCGUCAGACAAUUAUUAUGCUUACCAUUUCGUACCGUUCCCCAAGUUCCGGUUCAUUCUACUUGAUGGUUAUGACUUGAGUGUCCUGGGCGUAGAACAGUCUUCUCUGAAAUACCAGCAGAGUCUGAAGAUGCUGAAGGAGCAUAAUCCAAAUACAGAAUUGAAUAGUCCAAAAGGACUUUCCAAGCCCCACUUUGUCAAAUUUAAUGGUGGAUUCAGCCAAGAGCAGCUGAACUGGUUGAAUGAAGUUCUUACAUUCUCUGACAAAAACCAAGAAAAGGUGGUGAUUGCCAGCCACAUUCCUGUUUACCCAGAGGCCUCUGACACUGUGUGCCUGGCCUGGAACUAUGAAGAUGCCCUGGCCGUCAUUUGGUCUCACAAGUGUGUCGUAUGUUUCAUCUCGGGUCACACUCAUGACGGUGGCUACUCCGAGGAUCCUUGUGGUGUGCACCACGUCAACAUAGAAGGAGUGAUUGAAACAGCCCCGGACAGUCAGGCGUUUGGCACAGUUUAUGUGUACCCUGAGAAAAUGAUAUUAAAAGGGCGGGGCAGAGUUCCAAGCAGAAUUAUGAACUACAUGAAGGACAUUGCUUUUCAUCCUUAGUCCGAUCUAUUGUUUUUACCUUCAUAAGAAAGGGAACAGUUUGCUUUUAGGUUGUGUCCCCUCCUCCCACCAAAUCCUCCCCCCAAAUCAUUGUUUAGUACAUAAUCAGAUGUACUUCUGACCAUAGCCUAGAUCCUCUCAUGUUGAAAAGUGACGUUUUUUGAGUAAUAUUUCCAGUGCUGGAAAUGAGUAACAAAAUAAAUAGACGUGUCACAAAUAAACCAGAUAACAGACUAAGUCUGAGUCCUGAGGUAAGGUGGGGCCUGGGGGCAAAUACAGCCCACAAGAUGGACUUUGUUUUGCUUUACCUACACUUAAACAAAACAAAACAAAACUUUUCACAGGAGGAAUAUAUCGUAACACAUGAGUUCAACCAGGUGCGCCACCACCCGGCUCCUCACAGGAGGAAUAAGUUCACAAGUUAACCAUGUAACUGAAAUUCAUAAUAAGAAAAAUAAAAUUAGCUUAGGUAAAAUUUUUCUGUUUAUCUACUAUA